UUCAUCUCUUCAGCUCUUAUAUUGAUGAAGCUUGCAAUGGCCUCUCUGUCCUACUUCUUCAUUGUUGUUACACUCUUCAUCUUUCCUUUUUUUGGUUGUUGUGCCAAUGCACAACUCUCUCCCAACUUCUAUGCAAGAACCUGCCCAAGUCUGCCGACCAUCGUUCGCAAUGCUAUGAGUCAGGCUGUUGCUAGGGAGGCUCGGAUGGGUGCCUCGAUCCUUCGCUUAUUCUUCCACGACUGCUUUGUAAAUGGUUGCGACGCUUCCAUACUAUUGGAUGACACGGCCACCUUCACCGGUGAAAAGAAUGCAUUCCCAAACCAGAACUCAGUCAGGGGAUUUGAAGUCAUUGACACCAUCAAAACCCGAGUGGAAGCUGCUUGUAAUGCUACUGUAUCUUGUGCAGAUAUUUUAGCACUCGCAAGCCGGGAUGGAGUUGUCUUGCUUGGAGGAACCCCAUGGACGGUAGCCCUAGGCCGAAGAGAUGCAAGAACUGCAAGCCAAAGCGAUGCCAACAACCAACUCCCCUCCCCCUUCGCCAACCUCGCAACCCUAAUUUCGAGUUUCGCAGCGAAAGGCUUAACCGCCAGCGAUCUGACCGUGCUCUCCGGUGGCCACACAAUAGGCCAGUCUCAGUGUCUUCUCUUCAAAACCCGCAUAUACAACGAGACCAACAUUGACCCCAGCUUUGCCACCACUCGUAAGGCUACAUGUCCGGCUUCGGGCGGCGAUACGAAUCUUGCUCCCUUCGAUAUAACCCCGACUCGUUUCGAUAAUAAUUACUACAAGGCCCUUGUGGCUCGUCGUGGUCUUCUUCAUUCCGACCAGGAGCUCUUCAACAGCGGGAGUCAGGAUGCCUUGGUUAGAACGUAUAGUAACAACGCCGCCGCGUUUUCAAGAGAUUUUGCUGCAGCCAUGGCGAAGAUGAGCGCUAUUAGUCCUCUAACUGGGACAAAUGGAGAGAUCAGGAAGAAUUGCAGACUAGUGAACUAAUUUUAUAAGGAAUUUAUUUUUGCGCAACUGAUAAAUAUUGGGUGACAUAUAAGUUUCCUUCAUAGACUGCUAAUUCAAAUUAAUAUUAAAAGUGCACCAAAUCUGUGGGAAAAUUUUUCAUGCCCAUUGGAGAAGUAUUGGCUAUGAAAUUGAAGCACGGUCAAUGGUGUAU